AUGUGGCAGCUGCUGCCGCCGGCAGUCCUGCUGCUCCUGGCAUCAGCCGGCACCCAAGCUGAAGGUCUCCAGAAGGCCGUGGUGUCCCUGCAUCCGCAAUGGGAUAGGCUGCUCGAGAGGGACAACGUGACUCUGCGGUGCCAGGGGGCCCAGGCCGAGGGGAACGGUUCCACACUGUGGUGGCACAAUGGCCACCUCCUGCCAAGCCAGAACUCCAGCCACUUCAUCGCCUCCGCCAGCGUGAACCACAGCGGGGAGUACACGUGCCAGACCAGCCGCUCCAGCCUCAGCGACCCGGUGCAGCUGCAAGUCCGGGCUGCCUGGCUGGUGCUGCAGGCGGCGCGCUGGCGGCUGCGGGAGGGGGAGCGGCUGGAGCUGCGCUGCCACAGCUGGAGGGAGAAGCCGCUGCGCAACGUGCAGUUCUUCCAGGACGGCCGCGGCCGCCGGUUCUCGCACCGCAGCAACGCCUUCAGCGUGGCCCGCGCCUCCGCCGCGCACAGCGGCUCCUACUUCUGCCGCGGCCUCAUCGGCAAGCUCAACGUGUCCUCCGAGGCGGUGGCCGUGCUGGUGGAAGCGCUGGCCACCCCCCGCGUCUCCCCAGGGCGCCUCAUCCUGCUCUGCCUGCUGCCAGGGCUCCUGUUUGCUGCGGUCUCGUGGCUGUGCUGCUCUGUGCGGAGAGGCCUUCACAGCUUAUCGAGGAACAGGACGAAUGACACCGUCACUUGGCGCAAGAGCCUCCAGGACAAGCAGGAGCAAUAA